GCAUUGCCUGGCAAAUUAGAGCACAUGUUUUCCUACAUCAUUACGUGUUUUAUCGUCUCCGGAGGUGUAGUUUAUUAGCCGUUGUUAAUAGAAGGCAAACGUCAUUUACAGGAUUGCGUUUUUCAAUGUCAUUGAGUACGAUUCUUGAUUGUUUCAAGGCUUCAAUCGUUCGAAAGGCUAAAAUUUACAUGACAUUGAAACUAAGGUAUUAGUCGGUGUAUGUGGUUGUGGAUGAGCGGAAUCAACGAAAGGAGUUAGGAUUAUUAUACAAGAUGACAGUCAGACCACUGUCUCCGGCUCUCUUGAAGAAGGCGCAGAAGGAGAUCAAUGAAAACCCGAAACGCGUGGAAUCAGACAUAGCGGCUCUGAAAGAGUGGUUAUCGAAGCAACCUCAUCUGCAUCUAGUUCAACCGACUGACCAAUGGCUCCUUGCAUUUCUCCGUGGUAGUAAAUUUAGCCUUGAGAGAAGUAAAGAGAAAUUAGAUAUGUACUUCACCUUAAAAGGACUCGUUCCAGAGUUUUUCGGAAAUCGUGACCCGCUAGAAGACAGGAUACAGAAUAUGCUCAGAUUGGGGGUGUUUUUGCCGCUAAAGCACUGCGAAGGAGAGGAUUCGUGUCGAACCUGUAUCGUCCGGGUCGGAAUCUUGAACCCCUCUCAGUACCACCUGGCCGAUAUGCUGAAGGUAGCUUUCAUGAUUACGGAGAUAUUGAUGCUAGAAGAUGACAACUUCACUGUGUCUGGUGAGCAAGUGAUCGUUGAUAUGAAGCACGUGGGUGUGGGGACCCUGAGCCAGUGGACUCCAGCGUUGGCAAAGAAAGUAAUCUCAUGCUUCGAGAAAGCGCUGCCCGUGCGCAUGAGAAGCAACCACAUUUUGAAUACGCCUACGGGAUUUGAAGCGGCAUACACAAUUUUUAAAGCAUUCUUAGGAGAAAAAUUAAAGAAAAGGAUUUAUGUCCACAAUCAAGAUUUUGAGGCUAUGCACAAAAUCAUACCGAAAUCUGUGCUUCCUGUCGAAUAUGGAGGGGAAGAUGGUUCUUUGCAAGAAUUAAUAGAUUAUUGGAAAGUUAAAGUGGAGAAUUAUCGAGACUGGUUCAUCAAAGAGGAAAAAGCAAUCACAGACGAGUCUAAAAGGCCUGGAAAACCUAAAACAUCGUCCGAGUUGUUUGGCGUAGAAGGCUCCUUCAGGAAACUUGAAGUCGACUGAGCUCCAUUAGUUCAAUAUCAAUGUUGUGUUUGUAAUUCUGUGUAUUUGUAAAGAAUAUAAUGCUGUUAUAUAAAUGUAAUAAUAUUG